GUUUAUAUAGGUAGUCUAUAGGUCAGAUUCUAAGUCUAGCACACGACUGUUACAGUGGUGCGAAACGCCUUUCGUUCUAGCCCCUGAUAGCUAUGGACCCCGCUGCUGAAGCCGCGGCUCAGGCUGCCGCUCAGGCUGCCCAGGCCGCUGCUGCUCAGCAGGCUCUCGCCCAGCAGGCUGCCGCUGCGGCCGCUGCCGCUGCAGCUGCGGCUGCCGCCGCGCCGCGUGCUGGCUCUGGUGGCUCCGCUGCUCCGUCGUCUGUCCACCUGCCCCCUCGCCCUGCAUCCGCGCCGGGCAUGGGCUCGAACAACGACGACGAGAUGCUCUCCGCCGGCGAAGGCGAUGAGUACGGCUACGACCACCAGCCCUCCGCUCCCAUGGCGCCGGCCAGCUACGGCCCCGGCCCCACCUACGGUCACGCCGGGCCUGCCUUUGGCACCGGCGGUCCUGCCUUCCACCAGCCGCCCAGCGUCAUGUCGCAGCUGGACACCCUGCGCCACCGGCAGAACGGCCACGGCCACCUGCUGGAGGACGUCCAGCGCACCGGCCACGGCACCCAGCAGGCGGUCGAGAGUCUGCGCAACGGGCUGCAGAACAUGCACUCGCUGCUGGUCAACACCAACACUGACGUGGCCAACCUCCGCAACUCUCAGGCUCCGCUGAACGCCGCCGUCCACGAGAUUCAGCUGGUGAGUCCGGGUUCGGCACCUAGCACCGCUGUGCCAUACGCGCGCCACCUGCCCCGUCCGUCUAAGCUUGCGGGUGAUCCCGACUUAGAUAAGAGCAUUGGGGACAGGGAGGUGUGGUUCGCGUCGGUUACCUCAUACAUGGGCCGCACGGGCAUGAACCUGCUUAACGACUUCGAGUUCUUCCUAGAGGGACCCGCGGCCACAUGGUUCAAAAACCUGCGCGCAUACUACCACUCCACUGGCAAGGCUCUAGACGCCACCGCACUGCAGGCUGAGUUUAAGCGCGCGUACGGCGACCUAGAGAACCAGUCGGAACCCCAGCGCGUGCGCGAGCGCAUCAGUGCCGGUGAGGCGCGCCAGACCCCCGGCAUGCCUGUCUCGCAGUACGUGCAGAAGUUCACUACCCUGCUGCUCGAAGCCCCUGACAUGGCUGAGGCAGACCGGAUUCAGUACUUCUUCGAUAACAUGCUACCCAGCCUUGCGCGCGAUGCCAUAGUCGACGGAGACAACAAGCGCCACAAGACCCUUGCCUCCGCGAUAGACGCCGCGUACGCUGCCGAGCUAGGGUACCGCAUGCGCAAACGUGCCAGCGCCAGCGCCGCCGUAGCCAGCAUUCCCAAAGGCACGGACAGCGACGACUGCAACAACGCUUCCAGCAGUGACGAUGAGGGUUCUGACGGAGACGGGGAUGCAACCGUCGCGUACGCGCUCGGACGCCUGGAGAACAAGUUCGACGCCCUGCGCGACCGCAUGGGCGACGGCGCCGGCGGCUCCGCGAAGCGCCAGCGCUCGGAGGAGGACAAGAGCAUUGCCGGCCUGAAGACUCUCGGGUUCUGCACCAAGUGCGCCCGUGAGGACGUCAGCCGCAAGUGGAACACCUGCCGCGACCACAACCCCAAGUUUGCCGCGUAGGGUGUUGCGCAGCGUGAAGGUUUAGGUGGCAGCCCCGCUGCGCAGCCAUCAUUUAAUGAGCAUGAGUCGCUAGGUAGUGGGCAGUGUACGCACCCCGCACCGCAUCAGGGUUGUCAGCACCCAUCGCACAAGCAUACGCACGCCACGGCUGCUACGGCACCGGGCACCACACACACGCAUAAGGCAGAUAGGAUGUUCAGUCGAGCUGAGUUCUUGAGUUUGCAAACUGCCUCAGGACGAGACUUCUCCUUUGACGCUGCGUGUAAUGAUGAAGGCUC